GAUUUACGUUGACGCCAUCAUCAACCACAUGACCGCAAGGUUCGCCGGCGUCGGGACGGCCGGAAGUGCCUUCGACGCUACGAAUCUCAGCUUCCCGGCCGUUCCGUACACGAGAGACGACUUUAACGGAAAGCAAACUUGCAAACGCGACGGGUUUCUGCACGACUACGAAGACCUCUCCCAGCGACGGAACUGCGAGAUCGGAUUGGUCGAUUUGAAUCAAGCGCAUGAGCACGUCAGGGAUAUGAUUGUCGGCUACAUGAACAACCUCAUUGACAUAGGCGUCGCUGGUUUUCGGAUUGACGCAGCGUCCCACAUUUGGCCCGGCGAUCUGGCGGUGAUGUUUGCGCGCUUGCAUCAUCUCAAGAGAGAUGUGUUCGGCGAAGGGAAACGCCCGUUUAUUGUCCAGGAGGUCAUCGAGUACGGAAAUUCGACGUCGCUGAUGCGCGAGUACCUCGGAACCGGGAGGGUAACUAGGUUUAACUACAGCGUCGCAUUGGCGGAAGCGUUUUUCCGGAAGACGGCGCCGCUGCAGAGUCUUCGAGAUAUCGGCUCCACUUUCCCGCCUUCUGGCGACGCCCUCGUAUUCGUGAGUAACCACGACACCCAGCGUUGGCAUGGUAACGGAGGCGCUCCAAUCACCUUCUUCGAGCCAAAGGAAUUAAAAAUGGCGACUAUCUUCAUGUUGGCGUAUUCGUAUGGCGUUCCUAGAAUCAUGAGCAGUUUCUUGUUCAACAGGUCCAUUUCAAGUUGGGAAACUGAAAACUACGCACAAGGGCCUCCACACGGUGACGACAUGUCCAUUAGUGACGUCAUUAUCAAAACGGACAUGACGUGUGGGAACGGAUGGGUAUGUGAGCACCGAUUGCCGGAAAUGUUCAAGAUGGUGAGAUUCGCAAAUGUUGUGGCCGGAACUCCUGUCCAGAAUUGGCAGACGUUUGGCGACUUUCAGAUAGCUUUCUCCAGGGGAAGCAAAGGCUUCGUAGCGAUGGCAGCCGAUGACGGUCACUUCAACCGACGUAUUCGUACUGGACUUCCUGCUGGAAGAUAUUGUGACGUCAUUUCCGGUGACUACGUCAGCGGCACUUGUGAUGGAAAGAUUAUUGAUGUUGACGUUACGGGAUCGGCUCACAUCACUUUUAAUGGCAAUUCGGAGGUGCCUGUAACCGCAAUCCACGCAGGUGCGAUGCUUUGAGGACAAUGAUUAGAAUGACAGACCAGGAACAGAACAGAGUAUUUUAUUACGUCGACUGUGUCCACUUGUAAAAACACGUGGCACUAUAACAACAAUGACAGAACUCACACCUUUAGCAGAAGAGACAACCUAGAAAGACAAACGUUAAGAUUUCAACUCGCUUUUUCCUUAAAGGUUGUUUUAGUUAUAUAAAUGGAAUAAUCUUUAUUAUGCAUAAUAUCUUCAUUUCGAACACAUAUAAAUGUGCACUGAACCAUUGAAAAAAAGCCAAGAUAUAUAAUUAUUCCGUCUGUCCUCUUUUGUCUAUGCGAAGCACCUGCUUAUUAUUUGAGGAUAUGCCGAUAUGAAGAUGGUCCAUAGGGUAAGUUUUAAUUUAUUUAGAAGCUCCAUUCUUGAAAAAAAAAUGUCGGAAUGUUUAGCUUGAUAACAUCGAGGCUAAUUUGUUUUAUGAUUCAAGUAUUUUGAAAAUUUAGGCCAUCAGGACACCUCUAAAAAAACCUUGUUACCGGUUUGAAAGCCACAUUUAUUACUCAAUUUUGAUGAAACUUGAUCAGCAUGCAUAUGUUAAAAAUAAAUAUGUAGUUUGAA